ACGUUGAACAGUGCUGCCGGAUCAUGCAGUUUGGUAUUGCUCCCAUCUCUAUUUAACUAUCGAAAAACUAUAAAAACGUUUCUGCACAUCUCCAACAUUAAUCAAAAAGACAACAAAAUUAAUGAAAAAAAGACUGCCGCAAAUAGCAAAACACGACAAUUUACUCGGAAUUCCUUUUCAACCGUUGAUCGGUUUCGUAAAUAGCAUUUGGACAUACAUAUUCCGAGUAUUUUGGAGCGGCUCUUCACAAUGAACGUCGCAGCAGGUCCUGGGGCGACCAGCACAAGUGCGGCUGCAGCCAACAGCAUUUUCAAUAAUUCUCUUCUGGGAUCUACGACUGGAGCUACCACCAUGCCGAUGGCCCAACUAGCGGACGGUUGGCUGGAACUGGAGUCCGAUCCGGGUCUCUUCACGCUGCUCCUAGAGGAUUUCGGCUGUCACGACGUUCAGGUGGAGGAGGUGUAUGAUCUCCAGAAGCCGAUCGAAAGCCCCUACGGUUUCAUUUUCCUCUUUCGCUGGAUCGAAGAGCGGCGAGCACGUCGGAAAAUUGUGGAGACCACCGCCGAGAUCUUCGUUAAGGACGAAGAAGCCAUCUCCAGCAUAUUCUUUGCCCAGCAGGUUGUGCCCAAUAGUUGUGCCACCCAUGCCCUGCUUUCCGUCCUGUUGAACUGCAACGAGAAUAACUUGCAGCUGGGCGAUACACUAAGUCGCCUAAAGAUCCACACCAAAGGCAUGAGUCCGGAGAACAAAGGGCUGGCCAUAGGCAACACUCCGGAGCUGGCAUGUGCCCACAACUCCCAUGCCAUGCCGCAGGCACGACGCCGCCUAGAGCGAACUGGCGCUGGUGUCGCCAGUUGCCGUUUUACGGGAGAAGCCUUUCACUUUGUCAGCUUUGUGCCCAUCAAUGGUCAGCUAUUUGAGCUCGAUGGCCUGAAGCCGUAUCCCAUGAAUCAUGGCGGAUGGGAGGACCAUGAGGACUGGACGGAUAAGUUUCGGCGUGUGAUGGCGGAGAGACUGGGCAUAGCCACAGGCGAGCAGGACAUACGCUUCAAUCUGAUGGCCGUUGUGCCCGACCGACGGAUUGCAAUUACUCACAAAUUGAAAAUGCUUCGCACCAAUCAGGCGAUUGUCUCCGGCACACUGCAAAAACUGCUGAAGGCUGACGAGCAAGGCGAAUCGGGUAAUGGUGACCAGCAGCGACCGGACACACCCACCACACUCCUAGAACCCAGCGCCUUCACAGCCCGGGAUCUGCAGUCACUGCUCAAGAACCUGGACACAGAAAUUGCCAUCAAUGAGCAGCAUUUGGCGGACGAGAACGAUCGUCGGCACAUGUUCAAAGUGGAUGCCAGUCGUCGUACGCACAAUUACGACAAAUUCAUCUGCACCUUCCUCUCAAUGCUGGCCCACCAGGGCGUUCUCGGCGAGUUGGUCAGCCAGCAUCUGUUGCCCUCGAAGAAGGUAAGCGGCCAAAGUGCUGCCAAUCGAGUAAGCAAACAAAACAGUGCCGCCUCGAGUGCUGGAGGCAACGUUGGAGCUACAGCGGGCUCCACGCCCAAGAGUCAGCAACAGCAGCAGCAGCCGCAGCAGACUGCAGCAGCGAAAAAUGGCAAAUCUCCAGGAAAAACUCCUGGCCGACGCCGAAAGGGGCGCAACAAGUGCAGGAAACGGAAGUAGAGAUUAAGUUUCUGAAUAUAUUGUACCUACAUUUAUGCAUUUAUACAUUACGAUUUAUGUGUACCAAAUGUUGACGUCGAUGUACCGCCAUUCCAGUAUCGAAUAGAGUAUCCCCAAAACCUGGUGAAUACAGAAAACAGCUUGGCUUGGCAGCUUCUUAAGUUUUAUUGAUCAUUUUUCGGAUCAUUUUAAUAAUAAAAAACCAUUUUGUUCAUAUGAUUAAUGUUCGGCAAGUCCUUGACACAGCAAGGACCCCAGCAAAACGUGUAUGCAUUAUAAGUAAUAUAAUGUUCUGAUAUAUGUAUAUAUAUCUAUAUGAUGGUUGUAUAACAAAAAACGUACUCAUUCAAUAAUUCUCUGAUCUCUCUUUAUGCCAAUGCCAAGGCGCACCUUAAUGUAAAACAAUUCAUGCACUCGAUGUGAAGUUGAUUCCAACAGAAAACAAUGAAUGCAUUAUAGUAGGAUAGGAUGU